UGGAGGGUUCAGCGUUGGGGCACGCCAGAGAGAACCAAGUCGGGCUAGGUCUUGGUCCGUAGCCAUUAUGGCCCAAGCUGUGUGUUCGAGCCUUCGCAGUAGAUACGAGUGGGUCUGCAACAGGGAAUCGUCAGGUCUGGCUCUCUUCGGGGACCUGUUUGGCAUCUGGCUGCUAUGGACGUUCAGUCCAGCAUGAGCAUGCUCAUGCUCAAGAGCAAGAUGGAGGGGGAGCGAAGGAGAGUCAACUCCCGGCCCGAGGUGCACAUCACUGUCCAGGAGCUUCUGCUUCAGGACAGUGGUUCCAUAUCUUUCUCCACGCAGGAAUUUUCCCUUCAGGGCUUGAGAGUGCGAGCGCUUGUUGAGAUCAAAGGUACGCAGGCGACCAUCGCUAAGGAGCUCGGGCAGGAAGCUGCAACCCGCCUGCUGAAGAAGGCCAGCUCCUGGGUCCCAGGCAAAAAGAAGGACAAGAAAGCGUCGUCUUCGAAGUCCGAGAAGGCGACUCUGGUUGGCAAGAAGGGCACUGUGGAAGUGGAGGACAAUGCUGCACAGGCUACGGGCGGCGACGACGAGGUUCUCCAGACGUGCACCGUCGAACUGGCUUUGAACGUCUCGAAAGAGCCCGCAGACGAUAAGGUGCACGUCAAGAUACGCGAUCUCAGCGUGGGCGAGAACACUUUCGCCUCGCCAGCUACCGCGAAGAAGGCGCUCAGCAACCACCGAAUCAAGGCCAUGAUCGAAGCCGGAUUGGCAAAAGUCAUGAGGCAUUCUUUCACGAAGAAGCUCAAGAAGGCGAAGGCGGCACACCCAUGCAGGUCAGCGAUCAGGAAGCUGUGCUGCUGCUUCUGCAAGCGCGCGGAGGCUCUGGCGCAAGGCAUGUGAGACAACUGGGCCGCCGAGCUGUCGACAAUGGGUAAGGCGGCUUGGGGUGGCGCGCACACAGGCCUUACUGCUCCAGCCGACCUCGGCGCAGGCUGCAGCGUGAAGCUCCGCCGGGGCCGUCUUGGCUGCGCAGCUCGGCCCUUUCCGGUGCCAGCCCGCUCGGUGGGCGAGGCGGGCGGCCGCAGCGGCUCCAUCGACGAGCCGCGUGGAGGCGGCUCUCCCGUGGGCGACGGCGUCGGCGCUGCCGCCCCCCGGGGCCUCGCGGCGUGGCGCGUGCCUCCGCUCCCUGGGAGGCCCGCCCGCGGUGGCUCCCGCUCGGAGCCGCGGGCGGCGCGGCG